AUGUUUGGACUUUCAUAUGUUUGGAUUAUCAUUUCAAUAUGCAACUUGGAUAGUUUCAUUGUUUUAGUUGAGAGUUCACCGGAUAAAUUCAGCGUCUACCCACAAUCUGAUCUACAUCAGCCCUUCUCAACAGUUGAAACCAAGACUGGAACUAAAUUAAGUCCUAAUGGAGCAGCAAUCAGACAAUGGGAAACCAGAAGCUGGAUAUCAACUAUACCUUUACAAAAGGCUGUUACAGUUGAUAAUAGUAAUGCUUUGAAAAAUGCCAUUCCUAAACAUUAUAAUGACUUGGAUACUGGAUUAGCUUCAACAACCUUGUCAACAACAUCGGUUUCCCAUGAUGAUCAAUUUGACUUUUCAGAGAGCAAAUAUUCAAGUUCAUCCUUCCGCGAUAACGAUCCGAGAGAUCCUCGCAAUUAUCCGAUCAUAAGUACAUCCAACAAUAUAACUCAUCAUAGUCCAUCAGCCGAGUCAAGAUCCCGUUCAACAGAGUCAGAAUGUAAAGGUGACAGUUGCCGUAAAUCACCUUUCCAGGGAACAUAUGAUACAAUCAAUUAUCAAAAGAAAAUUGUUUAUCCAGAGAAGCAAUCUUCUAGAGUUGAGGAGCCAAAUUAUCCUCGACGGUUUAGAGGCGAAGACAAUUACAAUGAUGAAGGUGGUCGUCCGCACCACUCUCGAUAUCAUCACCACUCUAGCGAAAUAAUCGAUCAUAAUAAUGAAAAGGAUUCUCGUCAUCCAGCUACACCUCACCAUUUAACAUGGCAACAUCAUGCACAUCCAAAGGGAAGAUCGAGUCGUUGGGAAUCUGAUAUGAGUUCAUUGGGCAAUGAACAUGGAAAUGAACCUGAUGAAGAAUGGAAUAGAAAAGAUUGGAGAGAUAAGUCAAUGGGUUCUAAUAGAGAUUCAUUUGGUUAUAAUGCAAAAACAUAUCGUAAUUCAAUGAGAGGGAAUGAGGAAAAUGACAAGGAUGAUAAAAAUAAAGAUCACAGUUAUCACCAACGUGACCAUUAUCAAACUCGCCGACGUAAAUAUAAUAACAAUGAUACCAAAGAUGAACCCAGACCUGGUGGUAAAGAUCACUAUGAGUAUGAUAGACGGGAGUAUGAGAAGGAAAGAGACCGUGAAUGGAGGAAUUAUUCAAAUGGACGGAAUCAUGACAACAAUGAUAACGGUAACAGUGAGCCUAGCUAUUAUAAUGGAAAAUCUGAAGAAAGAUGGGAAUCGGGUAAAGAGGAUCAUGAGAAUGAAGGAAGAACAGAUAAAUCAACACCUCAUGAAUAUCACAGCAAUAAAAGCAACAAUAAAAACAACCAUGAUAGCAAUCACCACCAUAGAUCAUAUGAUAAUAAUGGCAAUGAUAGUCACAGAACUGUUAAACCAGGAAAAUCAAAGCCAAAAGUAAAGACUUACCAUCAUGAUGAAGAGACUCCUGAUGGGUAUUCUCAUGCUCAUGGAUAUGAGAAAGAAACAGUAGAAGGAAGUCGAUUCUUUGAGCCAUCAGGAUUAGCCGGACACGAUACCAAUGAUCAUCACAAUAAUCCACCUCCUCAACACUACAUAAAUGAUUAUGAAAAUAGCAAAUCACACAAUGUUUCAGAUGAAUAUAGACACAAUAAUCAUUAUCAAAAUGGUGUUGGAUCAAGUAGACAGUCUAAUAACCGAAUCCAUGGUAAAAAUAAACCAGAAUGUGACUGUUCAGGUCGAAACGGUAAAGGUCGACCUAUUCCUGAAGUAGCAGACGAUGCAUCAGCUAAAUCAAAAGCAGCUGCAGCAUCAGCUGCUAGAGUUAAAAGACAAGACGAAGACGUUAAGCUAAUAUUUGGUACUCGAUCUGGUCAAAAGUUAAAAUCUAACUUGGUAAACGAUACAAAAAGUAAAAGAUGA